CUAAUAGCAUUACUCCUCCUCAGCUCCUCUGCCCAACCCACUCACCCAACACACUUCUCGGCACAUUUACUUCUUUAUUAAUUGACACACACUGACACACAAGAAACAAAUCCCAAGAAACACACAUUUUCACACUGCUGCUGAUUCAGAACAGAGAAAAAGGGAUAAUAAUCAAGAAAAUACUACUGAUUUUCUUGAACCAUCGACAAAGAUACACUUCUUUCCAUUUCUACGGUCAGAUUUAGAUUGAAUUUUCUAAAACCCUUUUUCUAUUUCCAGACAUGUUCUUACAUAAUCUACAUUUCCGGGUAUUACUGGCACACCAGAUCCAUGAAUGAAUCCAAAAUUUGCAAAAACCAGAUGCUGUACCUCGUGCUUCAUUGCUUGUACAUUACAUUCUUCCCAGCCCCACCGCCAUUAUGAUUCUAUUACAUUAAACCGAGUUUAGCUCCAAAGUUUUCCUCUCUAUAUUUUUUCUGAUUUUUUCGCUCUCAAGGAUUUACCUGUUUUGAAUUUUCUUUUUUUCUUUCCAUUCACAAUGCGAUUGCAUAAAGUUUCACCCCUAGAUUCUGGUAUGUGGCAUGGGCUGUAGUGGGUCCAAGGCGGACGACUUGCCUCUGGUGGUCCGCUGCCGGGAGCGGAGGGAACUCAUUAGAGCCGCCGCCGAACACCGCUUCGCCCUGGCGGCGGCCCACGUUUCAUACUUCAUGUCCCUCAAGGAAGUAGGCGAUGCUCUCAAGAAAUUCGUGGAUGAGGAGCUAAUUACUGCCUCCCCUUCCUCCUCCUCUCUGUCUUCGCCUUCCUUAGUUCUUCCGCCGUUGGAGAACUCCAGGAAAAUUAACAAAGAGGGUUCUUCUUCGCAUAAUCCAGGGACCUCGGGUUCUAAUGGUGGUUCUGUUUUACAUGCCCAUGGUGAUGAGGAUGAUGAGUCUCAUAUACAUUUUUCAGAUACCGAUGAGGAUGAGGAAGAUGAUUGGAAUCAUCAUCAUACACAUACACACAAGAAUGAUGAUGAGGAUGGAAAUCGUUUGCAUCACGUCGAAGAAGGGGAUUCAUUUCGGUAUCCGCAGGGUGGAUAUAAUGGGUAUGGAUAUGGUUAUGGGAUGAUGAAUGAUGGUUAUUCAUACCCACCACCGUCUAAUUCAUAUGGGCAGCCUUAUUAUUCUUAUGUUCCGAUGGAACAACCGAUGGAUCAGUACUUGUGGGGCCCACCAGGAAUGCCGCCGCAACAGCCACCAUCAAUGCCGGGAUACUAUUCGAGUAAUUCGAAUGUGAAUUACAUGAGGAAGUCGGCUCCGGAUAUGAAAACAGUGAUUCAGGAGGCGACACCAGCCCAGUCGACUAAUGGGUACUUGAAUUCAUAUUGGAAUUACCCGGCCCCUUAUGGAAAUGGUGGUGUGAAAGUGAGUCCUCCUAAAGAACCACCGCCUCCACCAUCGCCCAAGGCCACGGCGUGGGAUUUUUUUAACCUGUUUGAUGGGCCCGAUAUCGGGUACCAGGGUUAUUAUUCAACUGGUGGAUAUGGGUAUGGCUCGAUUUCUAGCAGCCCGGAUUCAAAUGAGGUGAGAGAGAGAGAGGGUAUUCCUGAUUUAGAGGAAGAAACAGAGAAUGAGGUCUAUAGAGAGGUUCAAAAGGGGAAGAGAGAGAAUGCAGAAACGAGAAAGACUUCGAAACCAAGCACUUCUAGUUCUAGAUCACUGCCACGGCAUAAAAAUAGUGAGGGUAGCUCGAAAUCAGGGCCAAUGCGUAAAAGUGAGGGCAGUUCAAGAUCAGAGGCACUACAUAUGGGUAGUGAGGGUAGUUCCAGAUCAGUGCCUUCAUGGAGUAGUGAGGAAAGUGCAAAACCAUCAAUGCCAUCCCAGUAUACUAAAAGUAUACUUAGGGAAGAUCCGUCGCCCAGUAGUGAGGCUACCGGGUCGAUUGUUUUGACAGAUGAAAAAACCAGUACAGAAAGUCCUGUAACGAAGAGUGUAGAUGAGGGUUCUGUGAAAAAGAAAGGGGUGAGUUUUGAGGUGGAUGAGACACCAAAGUAUGAAGCUGAUUCCUCCAAGUUGAGCAGCUUGACUACAUUAUCACCUCAUGGUACUCGAGAUCUUCGGGAGGUUGUGGCUGAAAUCAGGGAUGACUUCCAGAUUGCCUCUAGCUUUGGAAAAGAGGUUGCGAUGAUGCUUGAAGUUGGGAAGGUACCUUAUCAUCCCGGCAUUCUAAAAGUAAUUCUUUCCAGGAUUUUGCACCCCAUUGCUCCAUCCCUGUUGUCAUCAAAUCCUCCAUCAAUGCAGUCAAUAAAUUUAGCUUCUAGAACAUUGAAGUUGGCAAAGUCUUAUUUCGGGGAUGCUGAGAAGGACGAAAAUAACGUGUGUAACCUUUCGUCCACACUGGAUAAGCUGUAUGCAUGGGAAGUAAAACUAUACAAGGAAGUAAAGGAAGAAGAAAAACUGCGUGUUAUAUAUGAAAAGCAAUGCAAGAGGCUAGAACGUUUAGAUGAGAAAGGAGCCGAUUCUGGUAAGAUUGAAGCUACUCAAGCUGCGAUCAGAAGAUUGCUAACUAGGCUUAAGGUUAGCAUUAAAGCAAUUGAUGCAAUUUCGAGCAGGAUACACACGUUGAGGGAUAGAGAGUUGCAACCCCAAAUUGCUGAAUUGAUUCAUGGGCUGAUCAGAAUGUGGAAGUCGAUGCUCAAGUGUCAUCAGAAUCAGUUUCAAGCUAUCAUGGAGAGUAAAAUACGGAGGCUCAGAGCCAACACAGGUUCCCGAACAGAAUCAAAUUUGAGGGCAACGGCUGAACUGGAGAUGGAGCUUCGUGAAUGGUGUGAACAUUUUAAUGAUUGGAUUGGCACUCAAAAGUCAUAUGUUGAAUCCUUAAAUGGCUGGCUUCUUCGGUGUCUUCAAUAUGAGCCCGAAGAAACCCCUGACGGCCCUGUUCCCUACUCCCCAGGCCAGCUUGGAGCUCCUUCCAUUUUUGUAAUUUGUAAUGAUUGGAAUCAAGCCAUGGAAGCCAUAUCCGAGGUGCGGGUGGCGAAUACAAUGAAUACGUUUGCUUCAAGCUUGCGACAGCUGUGGGAAAAACAAAACGAAGAGCAGCGUCAAAGGCUCAAAGCGGAUUAUGUAUCGAAGGAUUUUGAGAAACAGCUUAGGACGCGCAGGAUGGAGAGGGGAAGAAUGGAGCUUGAACAUGACUCAAAGUCUGACAAAACUAGUUUGUCUAUGGUUCCUUCAGAAAAUGGAGUUUCGUCAUUGGAUGAUCUAAAGGUGGACUUGGAUUCUUUGAGGAAACGAGCGGCUGAUGAGAGGAUAAAGCACAAGGAUGCUAUCAAAUUGGUGCAUGAUGCGGCUUCUAGCAGUUUACAAGGAGGUUUGGUUCCCAUCUUUAAGGCUUUGGAGAACUUCACUUCUGAGGCUUUGUUAGCACAUGAACAUGUUAGGUUACAAAAUACUGGCCGGAGUCAUAGGAAUAGUUAGAGCUGUGAUGAGUUAAACGGUUCCCAUUAGAUAGUGUAAAUUAUAUGUGGUUAAACUAGGAAAAAAGGUGAGGAAAGAUCUUUAGGUAAUGAUGAGAGAUGAAUUAUGUCAAAUUGAAACUAUAGCCAAUGAAGGGAGCUGUAUUGCUUUUUAAUGAUGAGAGGUUUGAAGCAGACCAUUUAAGGAAAUGGUACAGAUUUGCUCGGGAAAAACUAUUGAAUUUGUAACGAUUAAAUUAGGAAUAAAGCAAAAGGAAAAACUAUACAGCUUGCAAUAAGCUAGCUAGGGAAGUUCCCAUUUGUAGAAGUUACAAGGGGUUGUGUUCUUGAUGCUAAAAGGACUGGCAGCAUCUAGGAGGUUUAUCAUUUUUAGGUGAAUUAUGAACAUCUGUACAGUCUCGAUUCCUAUUGUUGCAAAUUCUUCGAUGGCAUGUUUGACAAGGAGGAUUGGAUAACACUAGAAGUAACUUAUACCAUCUAGUUGGAUCGAUCAAGUAUUGCACAUACCAAACAUGCUGAAUGCUCGUGUUCUGUGCUGACUUUCAUUUAUUUGUUGAUUGCAUGAUUAGCAGGCAGUGGUUUUGUUAAUGUCAGGUAUAAGUAGAAGGUAUCUUGUUUUAGUUAGGUGGAAAAGGCACAAUUUUGACUAAAAUAUUGCAUGCUAUUUUAUCUGAUGUCUUUUCCUUUCGUGAUUCUUGUGCAAGUAUGAACUCUUAGUUAACCUUGAACCAGUUUUAAUAGGCAAUUUUAUU